ACUUUUCGAUUCCCACAAAUUCGAGAUUUCCUUUCUGAGGGACCAAUCCGUUUGCAAUGUGUACACGUAUCCUGGAAGUCAUCUUUUUCUUUUAUUUUGCGUCUCACAUCCCUAUAACUCUGUUCAUUGAUCUCCAAGCCCUUUUACCAGCGGAGAUAUAUCCCCAGGGCUUGAAAGACUUAUUACAUUGGUAUGCCGCCGAAUUCAAAGAUCCGAUGAUGCUGGACCCUCCUGUCUGGUUCAAGUCUUUCAUCUUCUGCGAAGCCCUCGUACAGAUGCCAUUCUUUCCUAUUGCAGCGUACGCAUUUUGGAAAGGGGACUGUAGGUGGAUAAGGACCCCUGCAAUUGUUUACUCUGCCCAUGUGGCCACCACCCUGAUUCCCAUCCUGUCCUAUGUCCUAUUCCACCAGUUCCCCACGGCCCCACACCCAGGGCCCCAGACACCCACCGAGCGCCUGACGCUGGUGACCGUCUACGCCCCCUACCUGCUGAUUCCUAUCAUGCUCCUCUUCACCAUGGUGUUCAGCCCAGAGUACAGCUCUCACAUUCAAGGCAGAGAAAGUGCAACAGCCAAGAAGUUCCAGUAGGUGGCAGUGCACCCAGCUGUACACUGCUUUCUCCCAGCAGAACUAUGUAAAAUGUGCCCUUGAUCGAAUAUUAAUCACAGAAUGCACAUCAGUGUCUGAGAUAAAUAUGGAUGAUGUGUCCGUCCUGCACUGAAGUAGCUGUGGGAUUUGUGUUUAUUGCUGGUGAGUAAGCACUAACUGCACUGCCUCUGGUGGCCUGGUUCUACACUGGUUUAUACAAGCACCCAGUACUGGAAAAAAGUGGAGAAGGUGGCUUUCCUUAGUAGUGUA